AAAAGAAUAUAUACCUCAGUAUAUAAAAGAAAUUCCACAGAUCCCCAUGCUUGGCAAGGAGAGGAUUUCAAAGAAACAGAAAGAAUUGCCAUUAGCCAGCUUGAGAGGUGAGCAGGGUCCUCCUGGAGAGCCUGGACCAAGAGGGCCUCCAGGAUCUCCGGGGCUGCCAGGACACGGAGUACCAGGAGCUAAAGGAAAACCAGGACCGCAAGGAUACCCAGGAAUUGGAAAACCAGGCAUGCCUGGAAUGCCAGGAAAACCAGGAGCAAUGGGGCCUCCCGGAUCAAGAGGCAAACCAGGAAUGAUAGGUUUUCCAGGCCCUCAGGGAGCUAUAGGCAAACCAGGAAUUCCAGGGGAAAGAGGGCCAAAGGGCUUAGCUGGGAGUCCUGGAAUUCAAGGUCCUCCUGGUCUUCCAGGUAUAGGGAAGCCAGGACAAGAUGGAAUCCCAGGACAGUCAGGCAUGCCAGGUGGGAAAGGGGAACAAGGCCUGCCAGGUUUACCAGGGUCACCUGGUGCUCCCGGGAUUGGAAAGCCAGGUUUCCCUGGUCCUAAAGGUGAUCGGGGCAUGGGUGGUGCUCCGGGCCCAUUGGGACCUAAGGGUGAAAAAGGUUAUGUGGGCCCACCUGGCAUGGCUGGGCCUCCAGGGGAACCAGGCCAACCAGGCCAGCCUGGGUUAAUGGGGCCCUCAGGUGUUAUGGGAUUCCCAGGUCCAAAAGGAGAAUUUGGAGCUGUUGGGCCUCCAGGACCUAUUGGUCCCAAAGGUGAGCUUGGUUUGCAAGGUUUCCCAGGUAAACCUGGUUUUCCAGGAGAGGUGGGCCCAUCAGGUCUGAGAGGCUUGCCUGGUCCAAUUGGACCAAAAGGAGAAGCUGGUCACAAAGGUUUGCCAGGUUUGCCUGGUGCUCAUGGACUGAUGGGCCCCAAGGGAGAACCUGGAAAGCCAGGAACUCAAGGCCAUCAGGGCCCUACUGGAAUCCCAGGUAUUGCAGGACCAAGUGGCCCCAUUGGACCUCCUGGACUACCUGGAACUAAAGGUGAACGGGGUUUGCCAGGCCCGCCAGGUUUUCCAGGAAUGGGGAAACCUGGUGUUUCAGGGAUACCUGGACCACCAGGGAAACCUGGAUCGCUUGGUGCUCCUGGCCAGCCAGGUCUCCAAGGACCUCCUGGUCCCCCUGGCCCCCCUGGCCCUCCAAUAAUAAUGCAACCUACACCGCCAGCAAUGGGACACUAUUUGCCAGAGAUAGGGCCAGGCCUUGAUGGAAUAAAGACUCCAUAUGGUUAUAAGGGGAAGAAAAGCAAAAACAGUGCUGCCGCCGCCGCUGCCGCCGCUGCCACUACCACCUAUGAAAUGCCGGCUUUCACGGCUGAGCUCACCACUCCUUUCCCACGGGUCAGGGUUCCUGUGAUCUUUGACAAGCUCCUUUAUAAUGGCAGGCAGAAUUAUAAUCCACAGACUGGUGUCUUUACCUGUGAAAUCCCUGGGAUCUAUUACUUCGCUUACCACAUACACUGCAAAGGGGGAAAUGUCUGGGUGGCAUUAUUUAAAAACAAUGAGCCAUUGAUGUACACGUAUGAUGAAUACAAGAAAGGUUUCCUGGACCAAGCUUCUGGAAGUGCCGUUGUUCAGCUGAUGCACGGUGACAGAGUUUAUAUCCAGAUGCCCUCUGAACAGGCGGCGGGACUUUAUGCUGGGCAAUACGUUCACUCAUCUUUUUCUGGAUAUUUAUUGUAUCCAAUGUAAACUGCACACUCAGAUCAAAUGAAAGCUCUUUUUUCUAUGUUUCCAAAUCUAUACCAUUGAAAGGUGCAUUUAUUGAUCGUUCUUGGACCAACAUGUACAAUAUUAAAAUAAAAUUACAAAUUUAAACAUUUUAUGUACAGCUUGUUAUAAAGAAAAACUAUUGAUAAGCCCAGCAUUAAUUGGCUUGCUGCUGUACAAUGAAUCUUUUCAACAUUUCUCUGCUUUUUUGAAUUAAAAAUAAUGUCCUGUCAGGAUUUACAUUCAGUGUUUACUGAUCACUUCCUUCUAGGGUGAAACUUUCAAGUGGAAGGUGAUAGACAAAGAUACAAACAUUUAUUCUAUAAUAAUACUAUAAAGAUUUAUUUAUAACAAAAACUGCAAUGACUUCAAGAAGGCUCCGUAAUUAUGUACCAACUUCUCUUUGCCAAAGUUUCUAUUUUUAUGUGAAGAUUUUAAUCUGGUUAUACUGACAAAAAUAGUAGAAAAGGACAAAUCUCAGUGUUAGAAAGCAAUUUAAUUAUUAGCAAAUUGACUGAAAUCUAUGGCAUUGAUUUCUUUUCUCCAACAAGCAAUAGACCAUAUUCAUAUUACAAGUAAAUGUUUAUAUUUCCAGAUUGGUUUGUGGAAUAGUUUAAAUCAAUGAUUUAGAGGUAAAAUGGUAUUUACAAACUAAAUAAUGUUAGUGCAGCAUAGAUUAACAGUUUCAUAUUGAUUUAUGGAUCACAGAAUAUAAAUACAGAAAAUGGCAAUGUGUAUCUGAAAUCAGGUAAGUCUGAAUUACCUGAUACACAAAUAGGGAAUGAGUGAUCCUUUUUCACUUGGAAAUCAUUGUUGCAAAUUUUGAUCAAGAAAUGAUAGGACUGGAUGUUUGAUAUGCUCAAAAUAGAAGUUUAUUCAUUGUUCAUUUUCCUAGGUCCUUUAACAAAUACUGGAAAAGGUGGUUAGCAAUGACUGAGAAUAGCACAGUCCUUUAGUUUUGUAUAUUGUGUGAUUUAUCCAGUAUGAGUUAUGUAAAGGCAAUAGCAUAUAAUAGAGUAACUAUCUUCAGUUCAACUAUCCUAUGGAUUAUUCCUAAAAGCCUAUUUUGGCUAAAUGGCUUUUAAAUACAUGGAGAUUAGAAAGUCAUAUGUUUGUGGGAGCAGCAAAGCGGCUAUUAUUAUUUCAUCCUGAAUAAAGUCUAUCUAUCUGGUUGCCAAGAAUUGACACCAACUUAAUAGUGUGUAAUAAUAAUAAUAACUUUUAUUGAUUAUUAGUGUCACUCAUAUGCCAUGCCAAUAAUUAUGAUAUCUAGGUUAUUGGGAAGUGAGUAUGAAGGCCAACACAGCUAAAGAACUGGCACCUGUAAUUUCACAUUGUUGUGUACAUAAUAAUAAUAAGAGGCAUGGCAUGGCAAAGUAUUACAUGCCCAGUACAUUAAGAAAAAUUGCAGACAAAGCAAAUAAAAACAAGUGCUUGCAACAAUAGUAAAGCUGAAGAAAGAGGCAGAUGGGCUAAUGCUGGCUGUUCAAGACCGAGGCUUAAGAACAAAUUCAUGCAACACUAGAAUUGAGAAGCCAGCAACAGAAAGCAAAUGCCACCUCUGCAACAAAUCUGCAGAAACAGUGCAUCACUUAGUAAGCUCCUACAAAAGUUCACACAGACUGACAACAAGCAAUGGCCUAACUAAGUAGCAACAUUGGUACAUUGGAAUAUCUGCAAGAAAUAUCACCUGCCUGUAAGCAAGAACUGGUAGAACCACAAAAUGCUAGUAAUAGAAUGUGAAGAAGCUAAAGUAUCUGGAACUUUAGAAUUCAAACAUACAAAGACUUGCCACCUAACACAUCAGUCUUCACAAUUAUGGAUAAGACAAAACAGUCUGGAUAGUAGAUAAUACACUAGAACAGGGGUGUCAAACACAUGUCGUCAUGUUUUUCCCCUUUGCUAAACUGGGAGUGGGCAUGACCAGC